AUUAAAUAUUGACUUAUUAAAAUGUAGGUGAUUUCUUUUACUGUUUCUUAUGUAAUUAAUUAAAAUUUAUUAUGUUAUAUUCUUUUUUCUUUUUUUUUUUUAUUAAAAACUUUUGCUUAUGAUAAAAUACAUUUGCAUUUCUUGCUUUUCUGUCAUACUUUUUUGUCUGUUUUAUUUUUUACUUCUUGUGGAGGGGUGCCAUGAGCGUUUUCUUUAAAUGGAUACCGGCACUUUAAAAGUUUUCAUUAUUAUUACUAUUAUUUUCUUAACAGAAAUAAAUAUGCCAGUGUUUAAUCCAUCAAAUGGUCAACCACUCGUUGUCCCAAACACACUGGGUUACAAUAUGAAAACUAGUAUGUUACCAACGACGAGAAAAGACUUUGCAGGUUCUAGGCCGGCAACAACCUCAGGCACCAGGUUUGGACAACUCAGCCAAAAUCCAUUCUUCAGGCACAACCCACAUCCAGGACGUGUCCGCCACAUCAAGGGUUUGCUAGACGUCCCGAUUUGUUCAGUACAUGAUGAUGGGUAUUUGUCAAACGCAAGAUAUGGGAAAAACAAACCUUCUACUGCCGAGAGCCGAAGACUAUAUUCUUACAGCAUUCCCCCAACAAUUAACAGACAUAAUUAUAAGAUUCAGAACCUCAACCCAACAAUUAACUCUCAAAUGUUCCCAAUCAACACAAUCACUGGGCUUAGUACAUACCCAUUAGGUUUCAAAGAAAAAGCUGAUCCAAGGUUUGGUGUUAUACCAAUGACAGACACAUGGCGUGACGAAUUACGGGAGCUUACUGAGAAAGCAGGGCUAGGCCUUCCAAAAGAAUUACGAGAACAGCAACAAGAACAGCCUCGUAGGACUUCUGUUUACUCAUCCGACACAGGCCGACUAAUACCACCACCGUCUCGGGCUAUGCAGCGGGGAUUCUCAAGGCAAAGACAACGGGAACCGCAACAUUUUAAUCAUAUCCAACCUGAACAAGCUAAUGAAUCCCUUGUAUUGGAAAUGCUUUGUCAGAUUCUACAAACAGACUCUGUUAGUGCUAUCCAGUCUUGGUUGGUUUCAGCGAAUUCCAGAGAGAAGGAUUUAGUGCUGGACAUGAUUCGAUCAGCUGUGGUAACAGAAGAAGAGCGCCUUCAAAAACAGCAGUUCGAUCCUGCCUCUUACCAACAACCACCAUCUAAUAUGAAUUUACAAAAUGGAUAUGGCGAAGUAGACAAAUUCUAUGAAGAUGAUCACACAAGGUUCUCUCGCUAUGCUUACGAUAAUGACAACGGACGGAAAAACUUCUCUCCACAAAAGUCAAAGGAAAACCAAGGAAAAUCGUCCAAAGCAGAGAUUCUGAGAGUUCAUACCCCACGUGCAGAAUCACCAUCAAAAGGUAGCCCAAAACCAUCCAGCCGCUAAAUGAAGAACACCAAACAGUAGACAGUAUGGAGACUAAUCAAUCAGUCUUGAACACUAGAGGGUGUAGGUCAACAAUGCUAUCUAUUCACAGCAGUACAUUUGGCAUUAUUUUAUCCGAAAAAUUGUGUCCCAAAAAUGGGCCAGUUUUGACAAGUUAUUACAGGAUUCUAAGAAUAGUUUUAAAGAAAUCAAGUAAAUAUAACUUUUUUCAAAAUUGUUAUUUUGUGUUAACAAACGCAAUGUGAAGGAAAGUAACAAUCACAUAGUGUUUGUUAUUAAACAUAAUAAUUUAGAUUCAUUGAGAUUGAAUUUUAUCAAAAUUUAAAAUAAGAUGAAAUAUGAUAUAUAUGUAACUAAGGUGAUAACUUACUAAGGUGAUACCACACUAAAAUGGGUCACCAUUCCCAUUAAAACAUCUUAGUGCAACUCAAAUGAGUUAAGGUCAGACCUACUGUAUAAGGUUUCACUACCUUGGAUUCAAUGGCAUUAUAGAAGGCACUAAUCUGUUUUAAGCUUCAUUAUAAUUGCCAAGAAAUCGGCUCCAAGUGUAGAAAAGGAUGAGUUUUUGCCAUAUGAAUGGAGUAUUUACAGUAAUAUACUGAACCAGAACUAAAGGGAUUGAGGAAGCAUCACCA